ACCUAAUGUUUUAAUUUUGACCAGCCAAUAUCUAAUAGCUACAAAUUAUAAAAUUGUUAACCACAAAUUUCUUGCCCAAAAUGGUGCGCUUCAUGCAUAGUCCACCGAAGAUACCCAUUUUUGGCCCACGAAAAAUGCAAAGUGUUUUCUCUCUUUCUCUCCGUUAUCUAGAAUUCACACUCACCCAGCUCUAGCUUACUUACUCACUUAUAGAGUUUAACUUCAAAAGAAGAAGAUUUUGUAUCUGUUCCUUUGCAGACUCGUGCAAUGCAGCCAAUUGCAAUGAUGAGAUUCUUCUUGUCCACACUGCAUCUGUGAUAGACAUUUCACAGUGUCGCAAGCUCCUGACAACUCCUCAUAUGCUUCCUUUUCUCUCGCUCUCUCUCCAUUUUCAUCUUCUAGGUUUUGUUUUCAUAUUGUUAUUGUCUUGGGUGCUUUAGAUUUUGGAUUUCUAUUUGGGCUUAUGUUGUUGAAUGGAAUUGCAUGGUACCCAUUUCUUCAAUUUGAGGGAUCUUCUUUCAUGCAAACUAUUCUUCCAAAUAUUACCAUUCAAGCUGUAGCUCUUUCUAAGUUAAGAAGGAAUAUUAUAUCUUCCCAAGUCUGCAGAUUCGUUGACCGUUUCUUGCUGCAUCUUAUAUACAAGUGCUUGGCAUAUCGAAUCUCUUUGCAGCAGGUUGAGUUGAAAAUAUCUACAUAUCAUGUUAAAAGGCAAAGGCACUGUACGAGAAGGAAAACAUUCAAUUGGCUCAUCUCCAAAGAAGCCAAUGCAACAUAAUGGAUGUAUAUCACAUAUUGCAAGCAUGCAAUUUGAACUCAUGUAUUGCUAUUUAUUAAUUAGGGCAUAUUAACAGUGUCGAAUUGAUAUUGUACUAUAUAAAGCUUACUAACAUGUUGUGGAAUUGCAAAGUGGCUGGCUCUUAGAGAACUAUUGUAAAGAAAGAAUCAAUGUCGAAAGGUAAAAUAUCAGGGUAUUUUUCAUGUUU